CCGCUGGUAAGCCUGCUACUGUCGCUACCAAUCACGCUGGUAAUCCUGUUACUGUCGCUACCAAUCAAGCUGGUAAUCCUGUUACUGUCGCUACCAAUCAAGCUGGUAAUCCUGCUACUGUUGCUACCAAUCAAGCUGGUAAUCCUGUUAGUGUCGCUACCAAUCAAGCUGGUAAUCCUGUUAGUGUCGCUACCAAUCAAGCUGGUAAUCCUGUUACUGUUGCUACCAAUCCAGCUGGUAAUCCUGUUACUGUCGCUACCAAUCAAGCUGGUAAUCCUGUUACCAGCGCAUCCGGUGCAUCGGUCACUACUGGUGGUAAGAUCAAUUAUAGUAAUGCUUUUCAUAUUUAA